UGACACGCGCGGGUGUACGCUCGGGAGCUGUGAUGUGCGGUCGGAGGGUGACGUGUUCUGCCGCGAUGCCCACGUGAUGCUGUCGUGCGCCCGGCCGAGCAGCGACCAGACAUGCUGAUCGCGUUCCUCGAGAAGCACUUCCACCGCCACAAAACCGCCAAGAAGGAAGAUGAGGGCGGCGCCAGACGGCCGCAGCGGGCCGACUGCAGCGCCGAGGGCGGCGGCGGCGGCGGCGGCGCCGAGCAGCCGGCCAUGGACGUCGAGCUGGAGGCGGAGCCGCAGGACUGCGACCUCCUGCUGACCCACCGCGCGCAGCUGGACCACGCGCUGGCGCUGGUGGCGGCCGCCGCGGCGGGCAGCUGGCUGCUGGGCGCGGCGGGACUGUCGGUGGCCUGGAUGCUGCUGCUGCUGGUGCUGCUGGUGUCGCUGUGGAAGGCGCACGCGGCGCGCCUGCUGGGGGCCGCCGUGCGCGGCGAGGAGGCGCGCGUGCGGCGCCGCAGGGCGCUGCGCCCCGACGAGACGGCCGAGUGGCUCAACUUCCUCGUCAACCGCUGGUGGGUUUUCAGCUCUCCUACUUUAUUCACCAUUAUGAAGGAAAGGCUGGAACCACUUUUGAAUGAGGCUAAGCCAAAUAUUGUUGAACGGCUGGAGCUGCUGCAGUUCUCGCUGGGAGACCAGACGCCCGAGCUGCGAUCGGUGCGUGCGUUCGACGUGACCGGGGGCCGGCGCACGCCCCUGAGCCUGCGCACCCUGCAGCGCGGGGCCCGGGGGGCGGCCCAGCGACGGCACCGCCAGGUGGCCGUGGAGGCGGAGGUCUCCCUGGACGGCGAGGACUUCUGCCUGGUGCUGCACGUGCGCUUGUUCGGUCGCGACGUGGGGGUGGACCUAGAUGUGGCGGUGGAAAAACUGAACGUUUGUGGCAAGAUGUACAUGAUGCUCACUUUCAACAUGGAUGCACCUUUCCCACACAUCACUCACCUCAGCUUUGCUUUCUUAGAAAAACCAGAGGUGUGGUUCAGUAUCCACAUUUUGAAGGCUGUACAAAUGAUGGAGGUCCCAUUGCUGAAGACGUGGAUCCACUCCCUUGUGAUGGACGCACUGACGACGGUGCUGGUGGACCCUGGGAAAGUGGACGUGAACCUGAUGUUGCGAGAGCGGCCACCAGUUGCUCGCGAGGCAGACAAUACAGUUGUGCAGGGAGUCCUCACAACCACCUUCUCCACCACUCACCCUGAGUGCGACGACGUGCGGUGGCUGGUGGCGACCCUGGGCGACCAGCGCCACAAGACUUCGCCCCUGGUGCCGCGCUGGCAGGAGAGCCGCUCCUUCCUCGUCGCCUCUCUCGCCAUGGACCAGCUCUCCGUCAAGUUGAAGAGCAAGAGGCUCAUCAGCUCCGUCACGCUCGCCCACUUCGAGCUGCCCCUGGCCGGCUACGACCUGGACACCACGAAAAUAGUUGAGACGGUCCUGCACAAGAAGGUGGUCAGGGCGUCCGUGAGCAACAUUCCCCGUGUGAACGUGAGGCUGGAGUACACUCCCGUGCCUCCCGUACAGCUGGACCAACUGGAGGCUGAAAUGCCUUCUCUGCCUCUGUCACAGACAGUGUCUGGUGUGCUCUUUGUAUACAUCCAUGGAGCAGAUGGCCUGAACAGUGGUGACCAGGGAGAAUGCAAUCCCUAUUGCAUGAUCUUCAACAGGUCCAUUAAGAUCAAGACUACACACUACGUGCGAGGGACCAGCAGUCCACAGUGGGAGGCCCAGGCUCACUUCCUAGUCUGCGACUACACUCGGACGUCUCUCUCCUUUGUCCUGUCGUCCUGGAGCCCUAACAGGAUGUCCGCCGCUGGCCUGUUGGGCCUUGCCACGCUCACCUUAACCACGGGGGAGUGGUGUCUCGUGAGAAGAAAGCUGCCUCUGAGUGGCAGCUCAGGGGGCGCCACGAUCACGGUGUCCAUUGUGUUUCGACCCGUUUCAUCCGUGUCGCAGUCCGAGCCGUCUCAGCACCGGGGAAACCCCCUCAACAACCGGGAACUCGACGAGCAGGAGGGCUUCUGUGUGAUGAAGCGAAACAGCAACAGUUGGAUGCAACAUGCGAAACAUCUGCUGACACAUCGUGAACAGGAAGCAGAUCACAUGGGCAUCAGCAGUUUGCUAGCUGCUGGCCAAGGGCUUAUGGAGGUUACUCUCAGCAGGGCUUUUGACUUAGUUUCGAAAGACUUGAACGGCUUCAGCGAUCCAUACUGUGAGCUGAAGGUGAACGGCGAAUGCAAGUACAAGUCUAGAGUGAAGAAGAAGACCCUGAACCCGUGCUGGGAUGAGACUGUGAUCAUGGGACUGCCUCAGUUGGGCGAGACACUAGAAGUGGUUCUGUGGGAUCAUGACACUUUUGGGGCCAAUGAAUUCCUGGGCAAUGUGCGUUUGAGUGUGGACGAUAUUAGAAGUGUAUCUGGUCAAGAUGCUCUCCACUGUUGGCCUCUGCAAGGUGUCAAAUCCGGGUUGGUUGAGCUGAAAAUAAAGGUUAUAGCUGAUGAUUCUGAGGUUCCGAAGUACCCAGCAAUCUCCAACAGGAGCGCAGACUCUUCCAAACAAGUGGACCAGACAGUCGACUCUCAGAGCAGGCUGAACAAGCCACAAGAAGGUCCGCCGCCAGGCAACGGCAGCCCCACGUACUCGAGCUCGAGCUCCCCGCGCCUCCCCAGGGCCAGCCCGCCCACCCCCAGCCCCGACGAAGCCUUCAAGAAGACUUCGCCCGAGUACUCCAGCUUCAGGGUCAUGAAGCAGAAGGUGAAGCGCGGCUUGAAGCUGCGGAGGUUCCGGUCGGAGGUGAGCGUGAGCGACGGCGGCAAGCGGGCGGGGAACGGGAAGCCGGCGACGGUCACCGUGGUGACGAUGGAGCCGAGCGGCGGGGGCGAGUCGGACGCCACGGAGCUACUGCAGCUGGACGGCUUGUCUCACGCCGUGUCCCAGCCCAACAUCCUCCAGCACUCCCCGAGCCUGCGGCCGAAACGACCGGUCGACCUGCAGGUGAAGGCGGUGUUGCGCCCCGACCGCUACCAGGGCGUGGAGGGCGUGGUGGUGCAGGCCCAAGGCAUCCACGUGGCUCACGUGGCGCAGCUGUACUGCCGCGUCAAGUUCCACCUGCUCGUGCCACCCAGGGUGUUAUCUUCUGACAAGGUUGGUCGCACCUUGGCCAAGUCACGGCUGCUGCCUGCUAUGACGAACCCGAGGUUCGAUCUGGCCUUCCAGAUAGACACACCAGACAGUGUGCCUCGCCAGGCGGUGUUAUUCUUCGAAGUGCGCAGUUCAGGGAAAGAAGUGUUGGGCUCAUGCCGAGCAACACUGCAGGAUCUGCUAGCAACUGCGUCGCCCGACACGAACGAAGUGCGCACCUGGCUGUCGCUGAACAACGGUGCUUCGCUGGAAGUGAGCGUGGCGCAUGGACGGGAGCUUAAGAAAUCUGGUCGCAAGAUUUUCCGCAGCUGGUCUGUUCAUAGAAUUGGCAGGAUAUGAAGUCAACAAAUAGUGUUGUGUUUGUACAAAUGUGUAACUGUGCAUCUGCUCAGAAGUUCAUGUCAUUUUAUAUGUUUGUGUCGUCAUAGAAUUGAGUGUCCUUUUUUAUACUAUGAUGCACAUAUUUUUGCAUUCAUCUUUUUUAUAACAUCUUUUACUAUAAAUAUAUUGUAAUGAAACUCUCAACGUUAUUAGCCUGUGGAAUUGGUAAUCACUUUAUGAAAACCUUAGCUAACAAAUGCACAUUACUAUUGUGUAAUCAGAAACAGAUUUUAUAUUGAACUUACAAGUGUUUUUUUUUUUGACCCUUCAAAGAGGAAAUGCAAUGUAAUUCUUCUUUAAUAUGUGAUUACCAGAACGGAAGAAAUCAUGGAAAAGCUACCUAAUUUGAACAAACACGUGUAUUUUCUAUAAACUGCAUACAGUGGUGUGUUUGUUAUCAAUAUCUUGAGACUAAAAUUGUUCAACUCCCUUUGCAAUAAAGUACAUACAAAGGUUUUUAAUCUGACACCAAUCGAGUCAGGCGCAUUUAGAUUUUUUUUGGGUGGUUCUCGCUGUUGAGCUUUGCCGCCAGGUCGUAUCACUGCACAGACUGCCUUAUUUAGCUCAGAGUUUAUCAAUACUGUCAGUUUUUAUUUCGCCAUUGAAACUACUUUGACGUUCAAUAAUACGGCAUGGUUGUGUUCUGGAACGUUCAGUGUUAGACUUUUCACCGUAUGGAGCUUGUUUCUCAGUCACACCCACUAAAGUCAAACAGUAGACCAUCCUUAUGUCGCAGCCCCAAGUUGGAACUUAUCUCAUCCUGAGCCAGUUUGUUAAAAGUUUGCUGUUCUUUUUUUUUUUCAAGACAAACCCUCUUAAAACAUUUCUUAAGACUUUUAUUUGAGUUCAUGCUAGUCACUUUGGAAAACUGUUUUUAAAAAGUGUGAAACAUUAACAGAUGCUAGGGGUUCUUCCCUUUAAAUUUCAGUGUAUCAUUAUCCCCCAGUUAUAGUUGGUAAUAUGACUACAUUCCCCCCCCCCCCCCCCCAGACAGUUUUUAGUGCAUAGUCAUAAACUGUAAAAUGGCAUAUGAAAGGUUCUAUUUGAACUCAGUAAUUUUGCUAUAGGGAUGGUGGAGGCUCAAUUGUCUUUCUUUCAGAAAUUGGCAAAAUAGGUAAAUUAUUUUUAAAACUUUGCCAAAGAAAUUUUUCUGCUGAUUUGCAUGGUCACAUAAGGUGAACUGCAGUUUUUAACUCUUCAUGCAUAAACAGAAUAGUUCCUGGUUACUCCUCCCUUGUUCUUAAUAAAUUGUUAGAUGAUUUGAAGUAAACUUUAGAAUUUUGCCGAUAACGAAUUGGCAGAAACCAAUUUUGCCAAUAAUUAGCUAAAUCAUGGUUUCUGCAGAUUCACGAUAUGCUUGUUUAAUUUUCGGCCAAUAUCAUUAAAAAAUGAAAGUGCCGGUCAUAACCUAAAAAUCCAAUAGCAGUCCAAAACCGGUUGGACCUACAGAUUAUGUUACUGACAAUACAACUCACUAUUUGUGUAUUUACUAACAAUAUAUUUCAAAAGCUUGUGUUUGAUUAAAAUUCACAAUCAAUUUUUUAUUGCAAAGAUACAGCCUUGCUGUUCCAUUGCUUAUGCUAAAGUAACGAUAUGAAAGUCAAGAAAUCCUAGCUAACAGUCAUUUCCUAUUGAUGGCAAGGCCACUAUUUAUUUUCAAUUUUAACAUAUAAAACAUUAAAAGUUCAUAUGCAUACGGAAAUAAAAUUUUUAUGUCAGUUUUAUACACAAUGUAAAUUAUUUAAUUUAAAUUAGCUUGAAUGGAAUUAUUUCUCUAGGAAUAUUCUUUAUUUUUACCAUAAUCUGUGGAAAAUAAACUAUAAUGAAUGCAAAGCUUAAGUUUCUUAAAUAAUUUAAAAUGUAGGAUUGAAAUUAAUCAGAAGGAUGGAUCAAUUACAUGCUUAGUGGAUAUGGGAACUUGUUAUAGAUCAGUACAUGUGCUUUUCCACAUUUGUAUUCUUUUAUCAAACAGUUGUGGUCUGCAUGAAUUUCAACAAUGAGUGAAGUUCUAGAGUUCAGGUAGUUGGAAAUAAACUAAUACAUGUAUAACAUAUUUAUUACGAGUGAUACUGUGUAUCUUUAACUCAUUUUAAAAGCUUGGGAAACUUUCAGUUGUAUAAUUAUUAUUUUUACAUUCCAUUUUUUUACGAAGACAUGUGACCUGUAGUGCUAUGUUAAAUUAUAUUAUUUAUAGAUACAUAGUUAUUGUGUUUUGCUUAAGAGAGAAAAACUAUUUGUACUUAUUUAUGUUUUUUGUAGUAUUUAUUUCUAAAUAUUUGAAGUAGUUACAGAUAUUUUUUUAUUCCUAUUUAUAUGUACUACCAAUAGAAAAUAAAAUAUUUUUGAGACUUUGACACUUCAGUUCUCUACAACCUACUAGAAUAUUUCACAUUCAUUAUCCAAGAUUUAAUGGUGUUAUAAAAAAAAAGCAAAUUUUGUCAUUAAAAAUUAAAACAUGUAAUAAUAAGUACUGUCAAUUGCUUCAACAAUUUGUAUUAAGACAAUUCAAAUGAGUACAUUAAACAAUACUACUACAUAUAUUGAGGAGUCAGCUAAACAAAAAUCUGCAACUAAAACAUUCAAAAAUCAAAAAAUCAAAUGCAAUGUUAAAAGCCCAAAAUCUUUAAACGUGUACAUUUUCUUGUGAUGUGACUAUGGUAUUAGCUAUAUAAUGCUGCAAUUUACUUUACUUUAAAA